GUUAUCAGUAGUUUGAACAUGGCUCAUCGUACCCCUCUGGUGUUUCUGCUUUUUACUCUUGAAAUGGCUGGUGUGUAUUCUGGCAGUCACAUUCUACAGUAUUACAUAACUCAGCAAACAGCUGCAAGCCCUGGUCUUCCAGAAUUAUUAAAAAUUGGGUACGUGGAUGAUUUGCCAUAUAUCAGACGCACCAGUGAGACAAAUCAUUGCGAGUUCUUGAUUCCAGCUCUGGAAGCAGUGUUUGAGCGCAUGACAUUGCAGGAAAAAUGUAUCAAUUAUUUUGACUUUUCCCAAAAUCAGAGGAUGAAAUUAUUAACCAAUAUUUAUAAUAGGACAUCUGGUAAUAAAGACGUUCAUAUUUACCAGAUGAAAUUUGGCUGUGAACUGAAUGAAGAUGGCACCAUUGGCAUAUAUCAAGAGGUAGCAUUCGACAACAAGGAACUAAUAGCCUAUGAUAAACAGACUGGGACAUUUAUUCCUAUAACACAUGAGACUCAAAAUAUUGCCCAGAUAUGGAAUGAGAAUUAUAUUGAAGUAGAUAAGAUAUUCGUUGAAAAUUGUUGUACGCCUCGUUUGUCUUUGUAUCCUCCUGCAAUAGCAAGUGAGCUGGAGAAGAAAGUUCCCCCUAAAGUGACAGUCUCAAGCUCAGGAUUAAACAGUUUCACAGAACUGCACUGCUGGGUGUAUGGGUUCUACCCCCGAGAUGUGGAAGUGAAGUGGAUAAAGAAUGGGAGAGAUGAGAUUUACUCAGAGGAAUCAGUAGAGAUCCUGCCAAACCCUGAUGGCACCUAUCAGAUCAGAGUCAGUGUGGAGGUAACACCAAAGGAGGGCGCCACUUACUCCUGCCAUGUGGAUCACAGCAGUUUGGAGGAGACACUGGUUGUUCCCUUUGAAUCCAGCAAAGGAAUCAAUUUGGUUAUCAUCAUCCCUGUCUGUGGGACAUUGCUUCUCCUCCUGAUCAUCCAGGGAGUUUGUACAUACAGAAAGAGAAUGGCAAAAGACGCUAAUGACAGCUAUUAGAGUGGGAGCACGGACACAGGAGACUGACAAAAAUGAAGAUAGUGACAUCACUGUGAAAGUCACAUAUACCCAGACAUGAGAAGAAGUGGACCAUGAGUGAAGGAAUAAGUGUCUGAUGCCAGGGAAAAUAGAGUUUCUAGAAGUCCGGGUACACAAAGAGAGAGAAAGACAAAAACAGGGAAGGUCCCAAGAAAUGAAAAUACUGUAGCUGGUGGUGUCAGGCUUUCCUAAUCAGCUCCCAAAUAUCUAACAUAUCUAUUUAUUUACAGUAAGAAAUAUCUCUUCAAUAAAUGUAGUAAGGGCACAGGAGAAAUGCCCUAUAAAUAUGUUAUUAUUAUCAUUAUCUCAUACAUGAAUAGAAGUUUGCCCCUACGAAUAACAUUGCUAUAGUAUAAGGAUAGUUCCUUUCUUCCCAAACGGUAUCACUUAUCACUGAGUUUUGUAUAAUUUAAUUCUUAUUUACAAACUCUAUAUAAGCAGUUCUUCUACUUACACUAUUAUAUAAACCGUUGGUGCAUGCUGUGAUUUCCCAACACAUUUAUUUUCUAGAAAUCAUCUCUUAGACCUGAUAUUAACUUAACCCCUAGUUGUUGUAUUCAGACUUAGUCUGAAAGGAACAGGCUGCUUUACCCCACCCCAGAAAGUUUCUUGCAUUUGUUCCGGAAUGAGUUCUCAAUAAAAUAUAAUAAAGGAA